GCCCAGGCAGAGAGUCCAGUCUACGGUUUUGAGCGGGAAGUAAUAGUAAAACACCUUUAAAACGUAUCCCGAUUCCUGGUCAACCAGGGCACCUUAUCGAUAGAAAAAUAAAUAGAAAACAUUUAUGCAAUGGCCAAAGGAAUGUUCAUUUGCAAUGGUAAAAUUAACAUCUAUGAUUGGCAGUUGAAUGCAAUGAGCUUUCUGCUUCAAAAGGAUCUUGAUUACUUACUGCAUGGAAAAAAAAUUACUUUGGAAUCAAGUACCAUAAAAAUUUUUAAUUGUGAAUUAACUGGUAUAAAUGUUUUACUAAAUAUUAAACAUUUUACACGAUGCAUGGAAUCCAAAUUAAAAUUACUGACUAGGCAUGAAAAACCUGCAAUUUUUGGCCAAGAAAUGAUGAAUGAUAGAGAAAUUGAUUACGCUACAACAAGAACAAUGAUAAGUGAGUUUGUAUUUCAUUUGCGAACUAUUUUACUCAGUUUGAAAGAAGAUAGUCUUGAUCUGACAGAUAUAGCAGAUGAUGCAGAAAAAGAUUUUGAUGAGUUGAUUAAAACUAUACGCAGAUUUUUGAAACAACUACAUAACAUCCAAGACUCCACAUUUCUCUACGUAGCCUCAAAUAGUAACACUCCAGAAUAUCAUCUAUAUCAUGUUCAUUUAGAUUUGCAAUGGUUGUUGUUGACACUGGUAUACACUAAACACAGUUUUUGUAAGUACGUAGAUAAUAAUAUAGACAACUUAGAAAAUGCAAUUUUCUCAGCUAUUGGAGAUUUAAUGUAUAUUGCUAUGAAAAUUUUUGCUACUAUUGAAGCCAAAGAUUAUCAGUUUAGAACUCCAUACAGUUGCACGUGUGUUAGAGAAUUAUGGAUUAUGAUUCAAAUUUUGACUGAUCAGUUACAUGCCAAUGUUAAUAGCAAGAUAUUUUGGAUUUAUGUAAAACUCUUUCUUAAUCAACUUUUUCCAAAUGAAUCUACUGUAGAAAGUAAUUCAUUAAGUAUAAAUAUUCAGUUAAAAGAUUGUAAACAACCAGAAUUAUUUUCCAUAUGGUUAAUAUAUCAUUUAACAAUGCUAUAUGGAUAUAGUGAAAGUGGAAAUUAUUGUAAUGGUCCAUCUAACAGAUUUAAAGAUUUACAAAUGGAAUCAAGUUUUGAUCAAUGUGAAAAAGUAGUAAAAGUAUUCAUCAUUAAAGGAGGAAAAGAUGGUGGACGAGAUGAAGUAGAUGAGGAAUUAUGUGGUAUAAUUCCACUUUUACAUGAACUGAGUUUCAAUUGGUGGAAGCCUAAAACUCAAAUAAUAUCAUUGCUGUGGGAAUGUUUUCAUAAAAGACUUGACAAACCUUUUCUUUUGCAAACAAGAGGGCCAUGGUCUACCUCUAGUGAAAAGAAAACUCCUAUGGAUAUUUUGAAUCAUUCAAGAGAUAGAUUAAAAAAAGAUGUCGAUAUUACUGCUGAAUCAAGUUUUGGUUUAUUUCUAAAAUUUUUAGGAUCAUUCCUACAGAAAUAUUACGAUCAAAAUGAUUUAAAAUUUUGGAAUCAAAUUAAAGGACGAAUCUACUCUAGAUUUUCUCAAAAUAAAAUCCAAGAUUUUUCAGAAUGCGGAUUAUACAAUUAUAUAUCAUUGUUUAUAACUUUAGCAAUUACUGCAGACACAAGUAAUGUGUGUUCAACUUUGUUGAGCUUAUUACCACCAGUGCUUGAAUGGGCAGAUUCAACUGGUGGUAAAAAAUGUUUAUUGACUUGGAAAAGUCGUCUUGUUGUAUUAAUUUUAUACCACGAAAAAAAUCUGUCUCUGAAAGAUAUUGCAGAAAGUUAUACCGAAACAGUGAACGCUAUAAGUUGCAGAUCUGAUGAAUUUUCUCACUCUAUGUUGAUGUGGUUCAUUGAUAUUUUAAGAAUCAUUUUAAUAAAAAGUGAAGAUUUUGGACGACAUGAACAUUUAUUAUUGGAUGGUUGGAUUGAUCGUUAUUUAAAAGAUUCAGCACCUAAUAAAGUUGGAGUUUUAACGAGUACAUUACUCAAAGUAUUUCAGAAAUGUAACGAACUGCAUACAACAAAUCCAAUUGGUUGCACAGCUAUGCUUAAUGCUUUAUGGAGUCAUGUGGCUAGUCGAAUACGUCAAACAGUUACUAUUUGCGAUUUGUCAACAGAUUUUUAUGUUAAUUCUACCAAAUUGGCUGUAGCUUUUACCAUUGAGGCUUGCCGUGAUCCAGUUACAGCUAAAAAAUACAGACAUUCACAUGUGACAUUAUUUCAGCAUUUCACUACCUCUGUUAUAAUUAAGGACAUAAGGAUAACCAGGCUGUAUUUGGCUUCAAUUUUACAGAAUACCACUGCUUUGGAAAAUUUAAAAAGCGACAUUAGUAAUUUUAAUAUUAUUUGCAUACAGUCAUGGGUGAAGUGUAAUAUUUUGAAUGUUGAAAUUAAUGAUGAAACAAAUUUUUUGAAAAACUUCAUCAUUGGCUUACCAGAGCUUAAUGAAAUAUUUUCCAGCCAAGACAAAAUAGAAUUUUUAAAUUGUGAUGAACCAAUUGUUUUAUUUUUUAUGGUCAUUUCUAAAAAAAGAAACUCUUUUGAGUCUGAUCAAAUGUGUCAGCCUUAUGAUAGUUUAUGUAAAUCAUUUAUCCACAAUAUUGAAAAAUGGGCUCUACAAUUAAUCAGUGAAGAAAGUAAAGAUGAUAAAUUAUCUUUUUGGAUAUAUCAAUGUUUAGGAACAAUUCUUCUUUGUUGUUCCCCAAUUUUAUACGUCAAGAAUCAACCAAAUAACUCAUUGAGAAUGCUCAUCAAUAAAAUAGCUCUACCAACAGAACAGUCUGCUUACCUAAUGAAUCUUGCAAGACGUAUAUUUUCAAUGAUUAUUUUAGGAUUUGAAAAUCUAAAUAUCAAAUCUGACAUAACGUUACAAACGCUUCUCAGAGAUCUUUUUGAUAGAUACCUUCCUCUUCUAAUAACAAAAGAUGAGAAUACACUCAAAGUGUCAGACACUUUAUUAAAAUGUUUUAAAGAUGUAAAUUGUAAUUUCAUUAAAUCAUUAUUAGAUAUUUUGAACUGCAAUUUUAUAAUAAUUUCAAAAGAUAGAGCUACUCAUAAGCACUGCCAAUUGGUAAUGAGCCUACUUAAAUCCAUCCUGGUAAAAGGAAAAAUUUACAGUAAAGAUACAGUUGAUGCAAUUAUUACUAUUUGUGUACAAUCUAUUCACAACUGCUACAUGAGAGUACAACAAGAUCAUCCUCACAAAAAAGAUACACUUGAUUUUGUUAAAUAUCUAAGUUCUAAUCCUUACUUUAUAGAAGAUUUAAAUUUAAGGGAAAAAUUUAAUAAAAUAGUUUGGAAUGUUGUUAAUAGAUACAUUCAAACAAAUUCUACAAGUAGUUUUGAUUAUGUACAGUUUAUUCACCGGUACAAUUUAGAACUUUUUAACUUUUUAUCUGUACGCAUUGAAAAAAUAGUUUUAGAAUGCGAAAAAAAUAUGCGUCCAAAUGCUGCCUCUUUAAGGUUUUCAUUCAAUAAUACAAAACGAAGUCUCGACCGAUUGCAAUCUAAAAAUAACACAUGAGACUGAAAUGUUAAAAGAAAAUUUCUUUAAAUAAAUUUGAUUUUUUAUUACAAA